AAUCAAUUGAGAGUUACCACCGCUGCAAGAAAGGCAGAAUGCAUCGGGUCACUGGGAUCAUCAUCUGCGCUGGUUUUAUUGCCGUUGCCACUUGUUUUAGUGCAUCGUCUGAGAACGCGGACCUUUUAGACGAACUUGUUCAUAAAGAUACAAAGAAGCUAGGCGAGGAAGCCAUCCAAGUUGGCCAGAUUCUGCGAGAAUGUGCAAAGAACUUGAAGAAUGAGUCCAGUGCAGAGGAGUUUCCGGGAGAUGAGGCAGAGGAGUACUUUUUCAGAAAGAUGUGGAAAAAAAUUAAGGAGAGCGCCAAGAUUUCCGCUAAAAGGGCCGUACCAGCUCUAAAGGCAAAAGCGCGAGAGUUCCUUGCCAGAAAGGCUGAAGAGCUCCUCCGCGACCUGAUAAGAAAACAUCUUGGUAGCUACUCACUGGAGGACACCGAGUCAUACCAUCAAUUUUUGUUUGCCAUUUCCAAAGAUAUUGACCAGAUGGGACAGGACCUCAUUCAACGGGGCGGCGAGCUGCUCAAGUAAUGCGAGGAAAUAAAGUUUUUGAGAAUUUGAAA